AGAAAGGUAACGAUAUGGCCUAGGUGCUUGUGUAGUGUGUCAUUUGUCCAGCUGCGUCUGCCAUUUUCUGUCUGCACUUGAAGAGGCGCCGGCGCUACUGCGAAGUUUGUAUAGGUGUUCUGUGCUACUGCUUCACAAAAGAUCCCCCGCAGUCGUUGCUGUAGGAAACACCACCGGGCUUGGACAUGAACAUGACUCCCAUUGAGAAGCUUCGCCACCAGUGCCUCCAGCGAGGUGCACACGGCAUCAAGGGAUUCGCACGGCACUUCCGCAUCAUGGACAACUCCAGGGACAAGAAGAUCGAUGUGGAAGAAUUCAAGCAGGGUCUGCUGGACUUCAACUUGGAGCUGAGCCCCAGCGAGGUGGACGCCUUGUUCAAGGACCUCGACAAGGAUGGCAGCGGCACCAUCUCCUUCAACGAGUUCCUUGUUGCGCUCAGGCCUCCAAUGUCGGCGGCCCGUCUGGAGCACGUCCAACGGGCAUUCUACAAGAUGGACAAGACCGGAGACGGAGUUAUCACUGUCCGUGACCUCAAGGGUUUGUACAACGCUCGGCAGGCCAAGUUCCAGAACGGGGAGCUCUCUGAGGAUGAGGCGUUUGAGCUCUUCCUGAAGGACUUCGACAGUCCCAAUGACCCCGAUGGCAAGGUGACAAUCGAAGAAUUCAUCGACUACUAUGCGGGCGUGAGCGCCUCCGUUGACACGGAUGCCUACUUCGACCUCAUGAUGAGGAAUGCCUGGAAGAUCUGAGCAACUCAAGAAAAAAAAAAAAUUGGGUCCACACUUGUUUGGCCACGUGACCCUUGCCGCUAGUCACGUGGGGCGCAGCUGUCACACAUGCUUUUUGUCCCGUCCCGGCUGAAACCGUCGUCGUCGUGCAGGCAUCCUCUAACACGUAACUCGUCUUAACAGUUCUCCUUUAGCUUCAUGUGUGGUGGUUUUUAUUGACAGGCUUAUUACUCAGGGCAUCUUAUCGUUUGCGUCUCACUCUUAACUAUUAAUUUUGUAAAACCUUUAUACGUCUUAUCUGUACUUUACUGUACAUUUGGAAAGGUUGUUUGCUUGUGUCUUGCAUGACAUGGUAAAAGAAGGAAUAUCUUCAUGCCUGCAGUGGUCAAACCCGCAUUUUAAGUUCCUGUGCUGACCAAAUGGGGUUGCAUGUUUGCAUCACCGCUACUGCAUGCAUGUUUAGGACAAUGUGAGUGAGAAAGCUGGUGUAUGUUUUCUUUUAUGCUGUGACAGAUGUCCUGGUGCAUAGUAUCAUCUGAGACACUUCUUAAAUUUUUGCUGAAGUCUCAUACAAAUGCCCAAAUCUAUCAGUUAAGUUGAGCUGACGUAUUAGAGUAGCUGUGCUGUUAGGCCUAAUUCCCAAAGAAGCUUCUUUAGCCUUCAGCUAUCGACUCAUCUUAGAAUAGGGCUAUGCUGGUAAACUAUAGGUUUUGUGAAGUAGUUGCUUUGAAAGUUGUUCCACCAAGUCAGUUGUUGUUUACCUUCAGCAGAACAAAAUAAAAGAGUACAGUGUAAACCACAAACUCAUCAGGUAGAAAGUACAGUGAAGAAGUUGUCGUUGGAUGUCCAGGAAGAAUUUUGACCAGUCAUUUUGACACUUGGGAUGCGUUGGAGAAUUCGCAUUGUUCUUUCUAAACGUUCCUCAACCAAGUUGGAGCCUUAGAAUGACAGAACUUCAGGGCCCAAACUGAUUAUUUUUUUCUGGAAAAGACAUCCCAGUGUUUAUGCUGUUGGAUUGUUCAAGUUAAACAUGAUUUCAAUGUUGUAGUAGUUGUUUCAGAGCGAGUUGAGACUUAUCAUUCCUUUCAGUAAUGGAUUGACAUGUUAUCUGACAUUCUAUGAUGGACCGCAUGCAAUGCAAUACCUGUGAUGGCUGUGCGUUGAAAUUUUAGGCAUUGCCAAGAGCUAGGAUUUGGUAAUGGUGUUGUUUUAUCAUGGCAUGACAGUUCGUUUGCUAACUGUAACUCAAAAGGCUAACGCGUGUUGUCAUUGACAUCAGCAAAAAACUUGUUAUCAAGUGAGUUACUCAAACCACAUGGUGCACAUUCGUGUGAAAAGAGUCUUCACAUAUUGUUUGCUGUGACACUUUCAUUCUACUCAAGUUGAAAUGCCAAGGUGUGUUAUGUGGCAAAGUGCUUGCCCCUUUUGUGGACUAAUUUAUAGAUCUUCCAACAUUCCUAGUGUGAGAUCUGUGAAAAAUCUGUAUGCCGUUUCCAGGGUACUAACAUGGUACCAAGCAUUGCUUGUCAACUUUUUGCUGUCAAUUUGCCCUUUACAGGAGACUAUGUAUCCUGCAUUAUGCAGGAUUCAUAAAGUUUUCUAGCAGUGGUCACAUUGCAAUGUAGAAGUUCUUUGUUAUCACAUCAGCAACGUUUGUACCAUCUUUUGUUGGACAAAUUGCGGUUCUUGAUGCAUACUAUUUGACGACAGUUUUACAAGCACUGUCCAUGCCAGAGUCGCUGGUGCAAAUUUUGGUUUGUUCUGCAUCAAGAUGGAACAAGCUGCCUGAAGAGCAAAUAUGUUCCCAAAAUGAAGAAUUCUUUAAUAAAGAAAGGUAUGGAAGUCUACUAGCUGCGCUUUCAGUUCAGUGCAAUGUGCAAGGUGAUGGUUGAUUAGCCGUUCUGGCGACCGUUAUCACUCAAGCAACUUCACCAGUGGUCAGUGAAUCAAUAAUCACUGGAGCACUUCGUUGUACUGAUGCCAUUGCAAAAUGGCAUGUUGCUCACCCGCACAAAUGAAUCGGUGCAGUCAGGCACUAUUCGUACAGCUAGAUGCCUGUGUAAUGAAGGUCUUUCGUGUAUGAACCUGGGUUUAAGCCAUUUACGCUACUUAGUUCAGGUCAGGCUGAGGUGGCGUGAAUAGCAAGUAGCUUUCAAGGAAGGUUUCUAAGCUCAUAAACCGCCUACAUCAUUGUUCUAACUCUUGUUCGAGCCACAAUUCUGACAUAGAUACUGCCUCCCCAAUUUUACGUAUGAUUAUGCAUGAGCUGACUGUCAUGCCAAGCUUUUAAUGGUGACACAAAAGGGGGGAACAAGUACCUUCGGUGCAUGCCUAAAAAUUCAACAUUUCUUUCUUUAAUGACUGAGCCAAUGCGCAUUGAGUGUGUAUGAUUAGCAACAGGGCAGCGUACAGUCUAAUGAGCAGAUAUUAUCCAGUAAACUUAUGUGACCUGCCUACUCCUGCGGUCUAGCUGUUUUACAGUCGCUAAAUGCUGGUGCACAUCACUGUUCGAUUGACACUUUUGUCAAUGACCGCAUUCUUGUUAUCUUGCAAAACUCGAGCAAUCUGACGCUAACGUUACUGACUUGAAGCGCACAUAAUUUUUUUUUAAAUUUUUAGCAUGCAGUGUACAAGUUGUUUGUUGAAUAUGGUGCUUUGAAUAACUUUGGAAGUAACGACAUGAAGAUGCUGGUACAAGCGAGAUUUCGUGAAAGGUUUCUAAGCACAAGCUCUGGUUGGUGGCGGCAAAGUCUAUUGUAGGUAUGUAACUCUGCACCUUUCCACUCUUGGGUGCAAUAUCCCUCGGUUACACUCGGUUACAGGUUACACAAGGUGUUUUAUAUGUUUGUUAUUCUAGUAAAUGUGCCUCAUCCACCACGUUUUUGUUCUUGUCAUUUACUUGUACUGCUGUCUUCAACUCUAGCAUGCAUCUUGUUAAUUUAUAUUCUCCUUGUUAAUUUAUUUUCGGCACACUUUGAGCAUGUGUUCUUCUGAAACUGUUUUGCCUUUAUUCCAAAUAAAGAAAGCUUCUGAAA